AUGAUCUUCACGUCUCGCCACCCGACGCUGCCGAUCCCGGCCGACGCCGCGAUCUGGAGCGUCCCGGCCUUCGUCUGCGGCGUCACGGAGCGCACGAUCUCGUACGCGCAGCUGCUGCAGCUGGCCAAGAAGCUGUGCGCCGGUCUCGCGGCCGACGGCGUCAGGAAGGGAGACGUUGUGGUGGUGCACUCGAUGAACUGCAUCGAGUACCCCGUGGUCUUCCUGGCGCUGAACCGACUCGGGGCCAUUUGCUCGCCGUCCUCGCCGCAUGUGGCUGUUGCAGUGAUCUCGCACAAGAAAUUCGCCGCGGUGGCCACAAAAGCCGCGACAAUGCACGGGAUCUCGAGCCAGCAGAUUUACACCCUCGGGGGUGAGGACUCUUCGUCUUCACUGCGAACGAUUGAGAAUCUAAUUGCGAAGGACCUGCCGUUCCCGGAUAUCCCUCCUAUCGACCCCGAUCAAGUGGUGACGCUACCGUUUUCAAGUGGCACGACGGGCCGUCCGAAGGGGGUGGAGUUGACGGCACGAGCGAUGUUUGCAGCCGGGAUGAUCCCCGCGUACACAGUGGAGAAGAUGGACUAUCUCCUGGGGAUGCUGCCGUUCUUCCACAUCAUGGCCACGCUGAUCUUCCACAUCAGCCUGUACAUGGGCAUGUCGAUGGUGGUGCUGCCCGGAUUCCAGCCGACUACGUUGUUGCAGACAGCCGAGAAGUACAAGUUCAAACGGCUGCACCUCGCCCCGCCGCUGAUCAAGUUCCUCGCCAAGCACCCACUGGUCGACAAGUACGACCUCUCUUCGACUACCCAAGCCAGUUCUGGAGGAGCGCCACUGGGCAAGGAGCUGGAGCAAGCUGUGCUGAAGCGACUGAACGUGCAGGUUCUUCAAAGCUACGGAAUGACGGAGUUUGCCGGUGUCGGGACGCACUCUUCCAUCAAUUGCCAUCGUGAAGGUUCUUCAGGAACGCUGUACCCCAAUGUGGAGCUCAAGAUCCAGUGCCUGGACACGGGCGUCGAUUUGGGACCGAACCAGCAUGGUGAGCUGCUGUUCCGCGGGCCAACGCUGAUGAAAGGAUACUUCAACAACCCGGAGGCGACUCGCGAGACUUUCACUGAGGACAGUUUUCUCCGCACGGGCGACAUCGGGUACAUUGACGACGACGGGUUCGUGUUCAUCGUGGACCGACUCAAAGAGCUUAUCAAGUACAAGGGCCACCAGGUGGCCUCAGCUGAGGUGGAGGAUGUUGUGAACUCGCACCCUCAGGUGGCUGACUCCGGGUGUGUGCGCGGCCACGACCCCGCAACAGGCGAAGACAUCCCGAAGGUCUACGUGGUGCUGGAAGAAGGCAGCUCUCUAAGUGCGGAGGAGCUCAUGGAGUUCGUAGCGACGAAGGUGACGGGAUACAAGCGGGUGCGCGAGGUGGAGUUUGUUGACAACAUUCCGAAGAGUUUGUCGGGCAAGAUUCUACGACGCGUGUUACAGAUGAGGGAGAACGAGAAGAUGGAGGCCACGCGUAGUCGCCUGUAA